AUGCGGGAAGCUGCGGCCCAUGGGCUUCAUCCAAAGCCCACGGACGUCAACAGAAAGAGACCCGUGGAUUUCAAAGGGCUUGGACUCAGGUUUCAUAGCGGGAAGGGCAGAGCAGAGCCCUGCUGUGAGGAGCAUGGGCCAUUGGGUGCUGUGAUAGACGGGUACGGACCAUUGGGUGCUGUGAUAGAUGGGUACGGGCCAUUGGGUGCUGUGAUAGACGGGCAGAGGCCAUUGGGUGCUGUGAUAGACGGGCACGGGACAUUGGGUGCUGUGAUAGAGAAGUAUGGACCCUUGGGGGCUGUGAUAGAUGGGUACGGGCCAUCGGGGGCUGUGAUAGAUGGUUACGGGCCAUCGGGUGCUGUGAUAGACGGGCACGGGCCAUCGGGUGCUGUGAUAGACGGGCACGGGCCAUUGGGUGCUGUGAUAGACGGGCACGGGCCAUUGGGUGCUGUGAUAGAUGGGUACAGACCAUUGGGUGCUGUGAUAGACAGCUAUGGACCAUUGGGUGCUGUGAUAGAGAAGUAUGUGCCAUUGGGCGCUGUGAUAGAGAAGUAUGGACCCUUGGGUGCUGUGAUAGAUGGGUACGGACCAUUGGGUGCUGUGAUAGACGGGUACGGGCCAUUGGGUGCUGUGAUAGACGGGCAGAGACCAUUGGGUGCUGUGAUAGACAGGCACGGGACAUUGGGUGCUGUGAUAGAGAAGUAUGGACCCUUGGGGGCUGUGAUAGAUGGGUACGGGCCAUUGGGGGCUGUGAUAGAUGGGUACGGACCAUUGGGUGCUGUGAUAGAUGGGUACGGGCCAUUGGGUGCUGUGAUAGACGGGCAGAGACCAUUGGGUGCUGUGAUAGACAGGCACGGGACAUUGGGUGCUGUGAUAGAGAAGUAUGGACCCUUGGGGGCUGUGAUAGAUGGGUACGGGCCAUUGGGGGCUGUGAUAGAUGGUUACGGGCCAUCGGGUGCUGUGAUAGACGGGCACGGGCCAUCGGGUGCUGUGAUAGACGGGCACGGGCCAUUGGGUGCUGUGAUAGACGGGCACGGGCCAUUGGGUGCUGUGAUAGAUGGGUACAGACCAUUGGGUGCUGUGAUAGACAGCUAUGGACCAUUGGGUGCUGUGAUAGAGAAGUAUGUGCCAUUGGGUGCUGUGAUAGAGAAGUAUGGACCCUUGGGUGCUGUGAUAGAUGGGUACGGACCAUUGGGUGCUGUGAUAGACGGGUAUGGGCCAUUGGGGGCUGUGAUAGAGAAGUAUGGACCCUUGGGUGCUGUGAUAGAUGGGUACGGACCAUUGGGUGCUGUGAUAGACAGGUAUGGGCCAUUGGGUGCUGUGAUAGAGAAGUAUGGACCCUUGGGUGCUGUGAUAGAUGGGUACGGGCCAUUGGGGGCUGUGAUAGAGAAGUAUGGGCCAUUGGGUGCUGUGAUAAACGGGCACGGGCCAUUGGGUGCUGUGAUAGACGGGCACGGGACAUUGAGGGCUGUGAUAGAGAAGUAUGGACCCUUGGGGGCUGUGAUAGAUGGGUACGGGCCAUUGGGUGCUGUGAUAGACGGGCACAGGCCAUUGGGUGCUGUGAUAGACGGGCACGGGCCAUUGGGUGCUGUAAUAGACGGGCACGGGCCAUUGGGUGCUGUGAUAGAUGGGUACAGACCAUUGGGUGCUGUGAUAGACAGCUAUGGACCAUUGGGUGCUGUGAUAGAGAAGUAUGGGCCAUUGGGUGCUGUGAUAGAGAAGUAUGGACCCUUGGGUGCUGUGAUAGACGGUUUCAACCAGUUUGUCCAGUACUGA